CCGUUUCCAUGGAGACGGCGAAGAAGGCGGCCUAGUUUCCCCUCGCUGGAGCCAGGCCCGUGGACCCCCCAAGCAGGGAUCCAACAUGGCUGAGGUGCGGAUCCUACCGAGCCUCCCUCAGAGAAAUGUCGACGCCAGCAGUGGCAGCAACGCCCGAGGCAGCAGCGUCGCUGGGGCCAAGAAGCAGCAGAUCCAGGCCUCGGGAAUUCUCACUCCUCCAGGUAGCCGGAAGAGGGUCAAGGAGAAGAAGAGCAUCUUCUUGGGGUUGGAAGUCAACAAGUGUCUCCACUGGAAAGGCUGGGAACUGGGAAGAGAAGAGACCAAGUCCUUGACUCUGAAAAAUGUGCACACAAAGACACAGAAACUCAAGUUCAGAGCCCCGGCCACGAGAUUCUUCUCGACGGUGUUUCCUCAGCCCAUCUUCCUCAGCCCUGGCAUGUCCCUCACCCUCCCCGUCACUUUCCGGCCCUUGGAGGAGCGGGAAUACCGGGACCGGCUGAGCUUCGAGUCGUCCGAGGGCACAUUUGCAGUGGAGCUGUGGGCAUCGCUGCCCCGUCAGCAGCUGUGGUGCCCCGCCAGCGUGAAGUUGCCCCUCUGUGCCGUGGCGGAGAGCUCCGAGGCCUGUUUCCCCCUACGCAAUGUGGGAGAGGCGCCCACCUCGUUCAGGUGGGAGGCGCCUCCCCCCUUCCAGAUCCUGCCGGCCACGGGCCACCUGGAGCCCGGUGGCCAGUGCCAAGUCCAGGUGGUCUUCCAGCCGUCGGCCGCCCUCGCCUACUCCGCGCCGGCCUCCUGUUGGCUUGGGGAAGGGGCCCGCCGGCGCCAGGACAUCCAGCUCCAGGCCAUAGCCAAGUGUCCGCAGCUUCGGGUGAUCGUGGGCCCGGAGAGGUCCGAGGGGGCAAAUCCCGACGGGUCCCCGCCGAUCCUGAAUUUUGGGCCCUGCCCCGUGGGAAGAACGGCGGAGAGGCGCCUCCAACUCUACAAUCCAUCGGCGGUGAGUGCCCAUUUUCGGAUCGAGCGGUCCUGGGGUCUCCCGCCACCCGACCCCGCGUUCUCCUGCCCGACAACGACCGGAGUGGUCCCCCCGGGUGGGCAGCAGUGGCUGCCCCUGCUCUUCCAGCCCCAGACCGUCGGAGAGACCAGCGUCGACUCCUUCUCCAUCCUUCUGUCGGGCAACGUCUCCCAAACUCCGUUCAAGGUGAUGGGCUCCUGCAAAGGUCCCGCCCUGGUCCUGGAGCGCUCCAGCGUGAAUUUCGAGUGGCUGAGCCUGGGCGGCCAGCGCGUCCAGCCCCUGGGCAUCUACAACGGGUCCGAGGUGCCCGCCCACUACCAGUUCGAGCUGGAGGGGCCCGGGGGGGUCUUCACCUUGGACCGACCUUGGGGGGUCCUCCCCGGGAGAUCGCGCCGGACCCUGCGCCUCACCUUCCGGCCCCCCCAGCCCCUCAUCUACUUCCGCAGGGUGGCCUGCCUCGUCCAUCACCAGGAGCCGCUGUUCCUGGAUGUGCUGGGCACCUGCCACUCGGACGCCACCAAGCCGGCCGUGCUGAAGCCGCGGCACCUGGCCUGGCACCGUGCUCACCUGGCCCGGGGGCUGACCCUCUACCCUCCGGACAUCCUGAGCGCCAUGGUCCAGGAGGGGCGGCUGGAGCGGGAUCCCCUCGGGGCUCUCCGCUUGCCCAGACAGACCCUGGACGAGCCUCCGCCGCCCGCGCCCACCCCCCUGCCACCCCUGGAGGAGUACUUGGCGGGAGAGGCUGGCAGCUAUCCAGAGUCCAGCCCGCCCCUGGUCAGCGUGGAGCCCUUGGAGGUCAACUUUGGGGGCUGCCCGGAGCCCCCCGAGCCCUGCCCGCUCCGCCUGACCAACCACAGCAGAGGCAAGGUCAGCGUGGCCUGGGUCCUGCCAGCGGACGGCCCCUUCCGAGUGACCCCGGACACCUGCGACAUCCCCCCGCUCAAGUCCACCGCCGCCCGCCUCCAUUUCCAGCCCCCGCACCCCUAUCGCCUCUACGCGGCCCAGCUCCAGGCCUUCGCCCUCUACAAGGUGCUGAAGGACUUCAACAACGUGGAGCAGGAUUGCACCAUCUGCCCUUCGUCUUGCCUGAAGCUGCGGGCCAGCGGGCACGGCUUCCGGCCCGGCCUCGUCCAUCCCGUCCCCCAGUACACUCUCGACUCGCCCAAGGUGUUUCCAGCCGUGCCGGCCCAGGCUCCGGCCUACCGCAGUCUCCUGCUGACCAACACGGGCACCACCCUGCUGACCUUCAAGCUGUGCCCGGCCAGCCUCCCGGCGCUCAGAGUCCGGCCCGCGGCGGGCAGCGUGGCCCCCGGGGCCCACCAUGUCAUCCUCGUCUCCACCCGCCCGCAGGGCACCGCCUGGCGACAGGACCGGCUCACCCUCGAACUCAAUGCUUGCCCGGACCAUACCCAGGAGAUCACGCUGCUGAGCCGGGAGGAGUCGGCCCAGCUGCGCCUGGAAGGAAGCGGGAAUCUCUGCUUCCCGCCGGCCUUCCCGGGCUUCCCGUCCACCCGCUCCCUGAGCCUGCACAGCGACAGUCGCCUGCCCUUGGCCUUCCAGUGGAGGAUCCCGCCGGGCCGCGCCGACCUCCUCCGCGUCCAGCCCGGCUCCGGGGUCGUUCUGCCCAACCAGGCCGCCGUGAGUCCCGCCCGGCCCCCUCUUCUCUCCUUCUCUGAUUCUGGAUAUAAUAGCGCAAAUUGGCAACAUAUAGAGAUCCCGCCGGGCCGCGCCGACCUCCUCCGCGUCCAGCCCGGCUCCGGGGUCGUUCUGCCCAACCAGGCCGCCACGCAGGUGUGGACCUUGACGCCGGCGGAGGAGGCCAAAUACCUGGUCCGCGUGGGGCUGUGGGUUUGGGUGGGCACGGCCUCCAACCCGCCUCCGGCCUCCGCCGUGACCCGCUAUUUCCUGCGGGUGACCGGCGAGGGCACGACCGGCCACCUCAAGGUGAAAGAGGAGGAGCUGGACUUUGGGCCUGUGCUGGUCCACGAGGAGGAGGCCAGGACACUGGUGCUGCUCAACGACGGGGCCUGCGCCCUGCGCUACCGGCUGCGGGUGGACCAGACGCUCAGCGGACCCUGCGACCCCGAACGCGUCCGCCGAGACCCCCUCGCUUUGGAGUUGGAGCAGGCCGAGGGGACCGUGGCCGCCCGCUCGAAGGCCUCCGUCCGGCUGAUCGCCAGGCCCACCCGACGGCUACUCUACUCCUGGGUCAUCAGCGGUGCCAUCCUCAACCGCCAAGGCUCGGAGCUGGGGGAGCGGCGGGCUCUGUGCAGGGCGACGGCGACGGGCGUGUACCCGGCCUUGGCUGUCCUGGACGCCUACGCGGCGGGCAGUGCCCAGGGCAUCACCCGGACCCAUCUGUGGCGGCUCUUCUCCCUGGAGACCCUCAACAAAUACCUGGCCCGGGAUCCCACCCCGCCGGAGCUGCUCCACAAGGAGCCCACCCGCCACUCGGUCCAGCGGAUCCCGCCGGUCAACACCACCGGCGGGCUGGACUUCAACUUUGGAGCCGCUCCUCUGGAUGCUAAACCUUCCGUCUUCCUGCUGCUCUUCAAGAACAUCAGCGUGGUGCCUACUACAUGGAGUUUCCUGCUUCCCAGUGAUCAGCGGAUCAGCCUGGACUUCUGGGCGGAGAAGAUGGAGCUGACGUCCCAGGAACUGCACCAGAUGAGGGUUCAGGACAACCAACUGUUCUCCAUCACCCCCAAGGCCGGGUGCCUGGACCCCGGGCAGGAGCAGACCGUGGAGCUCACCUACAGGCACUGCUUUACUGGGACGGACCGCUUACCUGUGCUGCUCAAAGUGUCCCAGGGCCGGGAGAUCCUGCUGAACUUCGUGGGAGUGACAGUGACUCCGGGACGGGGCCUCCUCCACUUCUCCUCGGCCGAGCACCAGUUCACCCCAGUGGCCAUCGGCACCUCUCUCCCCCCUCGGCAGAUCUACGAGCUGUACAAUGGGGGUUCGGUGCCGGUGACUUUUGAAAUUCAGACGGAGCCCUUGCGGAAGGUCCAGGAAGAAAACUUCCACCACCCCGUCUUCUCCUGCCUCUCACCCCUGGGCGAGGUCCCCCCCGGCUGCGUGGCUCAACUUCAGUGGAUCUUUUCGCCGCUGGAAGCCAAGACCUACGUUGUGGACGUCCCCUUCCGCACCUCCGGCGGGGAGUCGGCCCGGGUCACCUUCAAGGGAGUCGGCUACGACCCCCACACCCUGGGCGCUGCCGGGGCGUUUCAUACACUCACCUCCUCCGACCCCUCACCGGGCAUCGCCAGGCUCACCGGGCCUGGGCAGGUGGCGUUCCUGUCCCAGCCCUGCCUCUGCCUCCGAAACAUCCCAGUGCUCUGCGCCGUCCGCCGCCUCGUCUUCCUCAACAACCCCUCCGCGGGCGAGACCGUCGUCUUCUCCUGGACCUCGGGCAGCCGCAGCCAUGCAGAGCUGUUGCAGGUGUGUCCCUCGAUGGGGCUGGUGGCCCCGGGGGCCAAUGCCCCCUGUGUGGUGACCCUGAAGGCGUCGGAAGCCCCCUGCUUCUACAGCGUUGACCUGGUGUGCGAGGUGUAUGCCAAGCGGUCACUAGCCCGAUACCAGGAGGAGCUUCAGGCCUGGGAAUCCGAGCGACUGAGGCAAGAAGAGGAAUUCACCAUCACGGAGCUCGGCCUGCAG